GGAAGGGGUGGGGGAUAUAUGGGGUAGCAUUUUUCAUUUUGAAAACCCAAAACUUCCACUUCCCGCCCAGUCAAAAGCUUUAUUUUUAUCCGGUCUCACUUUGUCGCAGGCCAUAAAAAACCGAACCAAAUAGUGAUAUUGAGAGAGGGGCCGUAGAAAACGAAUGCCGACGUCUUCAUUUCGCCGGGUAAAAGAGCGCGGCGGCGCUGGUAGUAAGUUAGGGGCUCCGGCCACAUCUAUGGCGGGGACAAAGAUUUCCAAAACCCUUACGCCACUUUCCCAGAAAUCCGGUGUCGGCGGUUGCGACGCCGGCGGGGAGAGUCUCCGGAGAUCCAGCGGGAAAGAGAACCCGAGACCCACUUCUCGGGUCCGGGCGGCAACGGCGUCGUCUAUGCAGAACAAGAAGCCAACGCUCCGAGCCAUGCCUCGGAUCGACAAGUCAUCUGCGUCUUCAAUUGACAGCGGGGAAUCACGCGCAGAGCCACGGGCGCGCUGGUCUACUUCGUCCGUUCCCAGAGGUAGGAGUUCUAGCCCAUCUGAAUUCAGAAAGAAUUUGUCGGAUUUACGAAAAUGCCCUAGGGUUUCUAGAGUUUCAGGGGAGCAAAGUAAAGCAACCGCCGGUGAUAAAUCUGGAGCGGAGCAAAAUAGUGAUUUUUUGGAGAAAUGUGAUGUUAAAUCGGAAAUAAGUGGAAAAUUGGGUUCGAAAGCUUCAAAGUUUUGUGAUGACAAGGAUAAAGAUGCUAUUUUUAGCUCGGAUUUGAAAAAAUCAAACUUUGCUGCUUACAGAAUGCAGGCUAAUUUAGAUUCUGAUUCAAAAAAUCGAUCUUGGGAUGAGGGAAAGGUGAAAUCUUGUGCUGAAAAGAGCUCAAAUAGUGUUGAAUCAGGUUCAAAAGAUUUGAGAAUGCUGACCAAAUCGAGCAGUUUGAAAGAGAAGGGUGUCAAAGAAGAAGGGAAGAGUGGUCUGUGUGCUAAUAAGUACCCAAGUAAGCUUCACGAAAAACUUGCAUUUUUGGAAGGGAAGGUCAAAAGGAUUGCUUCUGAUAUCAAAAGGACUAAGGAGAUGCUAGAUACGAACAAUCCUGAUGCAUCAAAGUUGAUACUCUCUGAUAUCCAGGAGAAGAUUUCUGGAAUAGAGAAGGCAAUGUGCAGAGUUGAAGAAGUUGGGACACUAGGGGGUUCAAGAAGUCAAAAUGAUGAGAGGAAGGCUCAAGAAUUUGUGAAUAUGGAUGUGAAAAACGAGGUUGAAAGGAAAAGAUUUGGCAGUGGAUUGAACGCCGAGGAGUUGGAGGCAAGAUUGUUUCCUCACCACAAGCUGCUUAGAGAUAGAGCGUCCAUGAAUGCAUCUGGAUCAACCUCCAAAGGUCAGCAACUGAAAGAUGAGUUUUUGACUAAUGAAUCAAUCAAGAAAGAGAAGCCCGUUGGUCCAGUUGAUCAAAACCCCAUAGCAAUAGAGUUCUUGGCUUCUAUGAAUAAGGAGCAACCCAAAGCCACUACUCAAGUUGAGAAUGCUGAUUUUGAGAUGAUGGAUGCCCAAGAUGUGGAUGAUGUCGUUAAUCCAUCAAUACAAGAUUCUUCCAUGGAAGUUAUCAACGAGACAAAUAAUAUUGAUGAUAUGCUAACUAGUGAUGAAAAACUUAAUGAAUUUGAGGAUCAAGAGAACACCCCCUCAAUUAACAUAGAGGACGACACUGAGGACAAUAGCAUGUAUCAGUUAAAUGAGAUUGGGCAUAAGACCUCAACUGGCGGAUGGUUUGUGUCUGAGGGAGAAUCGGUGCUUCUUGCACAUGAUGAUGGUUCGUGUACCUUCUAUGAUAUUGUGCAUUGUGAGGUGAAAGCUGAGUAUAAACCUCCACUUUGUGUUAUGCCACAUAUAUGGCAAGACUGUUGGAUUGUCCGUGCUCCGGGUGCAGAUGGUUGUUCAGCAAAAUAUGUCGUGGCAGCGUCUGCAGGGAAUUCUAUAAACUCUGGUUUUUGCUCUUGGGACUUUCAUAGCAGAGAUGUGAGAGCUUCUCACUUUGAGGAUGGCUCUUCUACCAUCACUGCCACAAGUACAAGAACUGCGCUUGCACCCAUAUCCAAUAACACUAUGCGCAGAAGAAAUUCGUUGUCAACAGUUGUGCCUACUGAAAAUCCACAGUGGUGGUAUAAACCAUGCGGUCCACUCAUCAUAGCAGCUGCUAGUUGUCAAAAAAUGGUCAGAGUAUAUGACAUUCGUGACGGGGAACAUGUGAUGGAAUGGGGUUUGUCUAAGCCCUUGUUGGGAAUGGACCAUUCAAGUCCUUUGCAAUGGAGGAGCAGAGGGAAAGUAGUUAUGACCGAGACGGAUGGUAUUUCUUUGUGGGAUGUGAACUCAACUAGUCCUCAAGCUUUGCUGUCCGUUUCUUCUUCUGGACGGAAGAUAUCUGCACUUCAUGUGAGUAACACAGAUGCUGAAUUGGGUGGAGGAGUUCGACAAAGAGUGAGUUCGUCGGAGGCAGAAGGAAACGAUGGCUUCUUCUGCACUUCAGAUGCCAUCAAUGUCUUAGAUUUUCGCCAUCCAUCCGGCAUUGCCCAGAAGAUACCCAAAGUUGGUGUGAAUGUGCAGUCUGCAUUCUCUAGGGGAGACUCAAUCUACCUCGGCUGCACAACUUUGAAAUCAGCCAUUAAACGGCAGUUCUGUUCCCAGAUCCAGCAGGUCUCAUUGCACAAGCCGGGUGUUCUGAACACGUACCCAUUGCCCGAAUCAUCUGCUCACUCUCAUCACAGUGCUUUAGCACAGGUUUGGGGGAACUCAAAUCUUGUCAUGGGAGUUUCUGGGCUCGGCCUGUUUGUAUUUGAUUCAUCCAAGAAGGAUGACAGGUUCCAGCCCUCUGGCUUGGAUCAAACAGAUGACACUAAUCUGCCACAAAUGAUUGGUCCCGACGACUUGUUUUCGCCUUCUUUUGAUUUCUUGGCAUCUCGGGUUCUCUUGAUAUCACGCGACCGACCCGCUCUUUGGAGGUACUUGUUUUAGGGACUGCUUUGGCCUUUUGGAUUCAACAUUCUUAGAUUGCUCCUUUUUUUUUUCUUUCUAAAUUUGUUAGUGUGUGGCAUUUUCUUGUUGCCUUUCUACAUGACUGAACAAGAUGGAUGUUCCUGCUGGGUUUUUUCCUAGUAAAAGUUCCGGUUUUCUAGGUGUGCUUAUGAAUGUUAUUGUGAUGUACAUUAGAUAAACAAGAUAUGGGAUC